AACUCGGACUCGACACUUCACCACCCACUCACAUCAGCGUCGACAACAUGGGCACAAUUGCCUUCGCUCACAACUCCGGUUUCCACGCCCGCUCCAAACACAUAGAUAUCCGGUACCAUUUCAUUCGAGACACCAUCACCUCUCACGAGGUUUCAGUUUCCCACGUGCCUACGAACGAGAACGCAGCGGACAUUCUUACGAAAGGGCUAGCACGAAACAAGCACGAACAUUUCAUUGAAGCACUGGGCAUGUAUCGCGCUUGAGGGGGAGUGUUGACGAUCGCAUUAGUCAUUAGUAAUGAUAAGUAAUGAGCAAUUACUUAUCAUUACUUAUCUUACUACCGCCCUCUGGCUUGUUCCACCACCUUCUAGAUAAUGUAGAUAUUUAGUAUAUAUACAGGACGUAGUCUACAGAAU